CAAAAACAAGGACCACAAACGAUUGUUGAAAAGCUAGCUAGCUCGGUGAAAUUUUAAGUACAGUUGAAUUUGCUUUGCUAAACAGUCGUUACCUGUGAAAGCCACACACUCACGCUGAAAUAGAUCGACACGCUAGAUUCGACCAUGGUUUAUAUAAUUCGUAGUUGUGUACGAUCUGUUCACUGUUUAAUGCCGUCAGCGUCAGUUAGCAGACGAAUGCUGCCGUUAAACUAAGCAGUCACGUUAUCUGGCUAGUUGACAGUCGGAGCUGACAUGAAGGUAAUUUCGUGUCAGUAAACACCAGGCUGGGUUCCGUUAGGUCAACCUUUCCAACUUUCACAAUUUGAAGAAUUUAUGUGUAUAUUUCAGCACAUGAAUCACCCCCACAACUACUCGCGCAGUUGAAUAGAGACUGCUCAGCGAUAAUGGCGUUCAACCUAAACAACAUGUGGUAGAAUUUUUUUUUCCUGACGAAAACUUUGUCUCUUUCCUUUCUUUUCCUACUCAAACACGCGGGAUUCCGUCGUGUAACAGUUAUCAGACACGGGACUCUGACAGAGUCUGCCAUGUCGGACCUGGACACUCUCAUAGUCACCUUUCAGACCCAGCUCUCGGAUGUGAUGGAGACUGUGGUGAAGACAGCCAUGUACGAGGUCACCAGGCUGGUGGAAGACGGUUUCUUGGAGGAGGUGAAGCUCAGGAGACAGGAGGUGGAGUCUCUGAAGAUGCAGCUGCAGUGGACUGAAAAGAAAUUAAGUGACCAAGGCGGGAAAGAAGGAGGAAAGACAGGAAAGUGUGUUGACUGUGCUAAGAAGGAUGUGGAACUGUCCACGGACACUGCAGAAGAAAGGACUAAAGACCAACACGAAGAUGUGUUGAGGGGCUGUGCUGUGAAAAAAGAGAGCAAUUCUCUUGAAAGAUGGACGAGAGGCCACAGACAAGAAGUCAUAUCAGAGUUACCACAGGAGGCAGACAGUCCUACAGCGGCUCACAGUCCUGAGAGGGAAUCACAGGCUGUUCAGGCAACAGAAGAAAAGGAUGUGAUGCCUGCUGUGGAUGUGAAGGAAGAAGAACUUAAUAAGCCGUCUUGUUCAUCUGUACAUUUGGGAGGCUGGAGCAGCACUCUCGAUGGCAAAGCAGGACUUGAAUCACACAGCGCUACUGAGAUGGCUGAGGCACAACCAAAACAGACUCAAGAAAACGGUGAGGAAUUACUGAGGAAUAUCAUUAGGCAAGGCCCACAGAUAUCUGCUGCAUAUGGCUUUCCUGAAGAACAGGAGGAAACAACACACAUGGCUACAGAUCCAUCUCACGUCUCAUCUUUGGAAGUGGUCACUCGUUGGACUGGACUUCUGCAGAACCACAGACUCGGGACUGAAAAGGAUCACGAUCCAGCCAAAAGUAGAGGUUCUCUAAAGUGUGCAGAACAUGAGCCGUCUGACUCUGACACAGCAGAUGUUCACGCUGAGGUUACCCCAGGCAGAGAUCUGAUUUCAACCUCAGGACCUCCUAAGACAAGACUGCAAAACAGCGAAGCGUUGGGUGUGACAAUAAAGCAGGAAGUUAAUGUUGAUUCUGACGGAUGUGAGGAAAGUGAGCAUAUGGAAAAGAAAGAAAUGCCAAAGUCUGGGAUGGCUUCUUUCUCAUGCUCAGUGAAACACCACAGGCUGAGUGCAGAAGCACACAAACAGAACCACAUUUCCCAUAAAGCCACAGUGCAGGAGGUUAUGAAGCUGCAUUCCAAAGUGGGUGCAGGUCUCAGAUUGCAAGCCGCUAUACAGCACCUUCACCGGCCGAUGAAAAAAACCCCUCACGCGCUCUCGAACAGUGCCACGGCAGCACUGUCUAUAGCUCAUUCUCAGGCUGUGAACUUAAACCCCCUCAACAGAACUCCCUCCACAUCCAAAGCCACUGCUCCGCUCUCAGUCCAGCGAGUUCACCUGGGCGACAAACAAGGACUUAACCGAACAGGUGCCCCGUGGGUCAGCAUCAGAUCCCAGCAUCAGUCUGCAAACUCCCAUCACGCCAACCCCGUACCCCAUCCAGACUCUCACACUGGCCCCAGGCAUCUCCUGCGUUGUGGCCAGUGCGGAAAGUGCUUUCCCCACCCCAGCAACCUGAAAGCUCACCUGCAGACUCACACAGGUGAGCGGCCUUUCUGCUGCUCCCUCUGCGGUCGCAGCUUCACCAAGCUGAGCAACCUCAAAGCCCACCGACGGGUCCACACCGGAGAGAGACCGUACUGCUGCUUGGCUUGUGGCAAACGCUUCACCCAGAAAUGUAACCUCAAACGUCACCAGAGGAUCCAUUUGGAUGUAUGAUGGUGGACAGCCGGAGACAAAAAAGACACAUUUUGUGUGUUUGUUUCGUUUAGAUUAAGAUGCUACAGUGUUUCCUUUGCAAUGUCAUACACUUGUUGUGACGCAUUGCAGAAAAAUGCUCGUUGUGUACUUGUCUCUUGAAGUGAUUGUCCCUAGUUCUUCUGUGCAUUCCAGAAAGGUUCAUCGAGUAACUUCUGAAGGUGGUUUAAUGUUAGUAAAGGAAACAAAUCAGUGUGUUGUGAAGUGUAUCAUGCGCAGAGAUAGGUCAGUUGUCACUUUUGGUCAAUAAAAAACUAUUUAUUCUGUGAACAGUAAUAUUCUUUCAUUAUAUCUAUUUCACCAAACCUGGCAGCACAAAAUCACUUACUAACCGUAGAUCAAGCCCUUUAUUUGUUCAACUGCUAAAAGUGAAAAUGUGAACUUAAGUGACACGUAAAAAAAAAAUAUUAAUCAAAUUUCUCAUCAAGAUUAAAAUGCUCUUAAGUUGGUUAAGAAUUGAUCCCAGAUCAGUGAAAUACAGGACCAGAGGUGAGCACACACCUUCUGAGACAUGUUUAUUAAUGGUCAUGAUAAAUGAUGCAUUAGUGGAAGCAUUAUAAUUCAGAAUAGUGUAGUUUUAGCCUAAAUGCAUUUAAUUUUGAAUUUUAAUUUGGUUUUCCACACCCUUUUUUGUGUCUAUAUCUGACUUUUUAAAAUUAUUUAAUUCCUAUUUAUUUAUUUAUAAAAACAAAUGAACAUGAAUUACUAUUCCUGCCCUGAGCAGACAUAUGAUUGUUCUUGUGAACUCUUACACUGUAAGAAGGAGUAAGUAGCUUGAUAAAUGUGUCUUACUCUUCACUCUUUAAUGAGCUCUUUUAAUUAUACUUCUUCAGAGUAUAGGAAAUGCAGCUCCAGGUCCAGUUUACAAAACAUAAUUUUAAUUUUAAGGAGUUUUUAAUUUUUUUUUUUUUUUUUUUCAUUUGAUGGUCUGUGAUUUUAUUAUAACUUGAGUUAUAAUUUGUCACUUCUGAGAUUUCUGUACUAAAAUACUGUAAAUGUCACCUUUUGAGCAACUGAAAGUACUUGGAUGAUGUAUCAUGAUGAAGACUGAAUUUAUACUGUGACGGACAAAAAUAAUUGUUAAAGUACACUUCUUUAAGCAAAGAAAAAAAAAACACGUAAGUUACAACAGUAUUGUAGCAUCUUAACUGACCACUUGGUGUCAGCCUUUCACCAAACUUUGUGCAAAUACCUGGACCUUAGCAGAGAUGUCUAGUCCUCUCAUCUGGCUACUAAUGUAUUAAUGGAAUAGAGGAGAAUUGUUAAAGAAAACCACUCCAUUAGAGAAACAGCUUCAUUUUUACAAAUGUCUGUAGAUACUGUUUUAUUCGAUCUGUGUGUCUGAGCCUGUGUGUGUGUGUUACAUAUCUCACGUUCAGGAUUAAGCUUGAUGUGUUGUAUUUGUAGUUCGAGUCAGUGCAGGACUCAGCAGGUGGUACAGCCGAUAACAUUUUAAUCUUAUUUUAAAGGUGAGAUAAAGGUAACAGAGUCUGUCUCUCUCUCUCUCUGUCUCUCUAACACACACACACACACACAGGAUGUGGAUUAAAGCAGUGCUGCUGUUCUAGAUAAUAUCUUUUUGAUGUUUGAACCUAAUAACAAGAGAUGUUAUCUAUGAAGAGCAAUUGAGAAAUACCUACUUAGUUGAAUCUGAAGAUGUUUAAUUACGUUUAAAAAAAAAAGCCAUUUCCUCUCUCUUUAGUCUUCUCAUUUGGUCACAUUUUCUGUUCCAUAUACAGACGCUCUCUCUUGCCCUUCAGAGAACAGCAAGUCGCCCUGAGACGGUGGCAUUGUGUUGAACAAGAGAUUGUGUUCCUGUGUGAAGGGUAGGUGUGUUUGGCUUUUCUUUUUAGCCAGAUCUAAAAGCCACUUUGCACUGAGCUGCUGUUAAGUUGGAUUUGGUUAAAAAAAGACUAUGGAUCUGGGCAGUCAUGGAACACUUAGAGAUACUGAUACAAGCUUGAACAAACUACCAAUCUCUUCUUAAAGCAAGGUACUGAACCUCCACCUGCCUCCUUAGCAUCAUACUGCACAUUACAUCAGCUAAGGAGCUGUGAGAAAACUAAGAAAAUUAUUAGCAUUGGGGGGAUUGUUGAAUGUACUAUUUUGUUUCAUAAAAGACAUUACGUGCAUGUGCAGUAUAAAU